UGUCCACGCAAGGUGCGCUCACUGCAGGAGGAGAGGCGCAACAAGACAGGGACCGGCCACUUUGUUUCGCUUUGUCGUGCUGUUUAACAUUUUGUUUAUAAUUGGGAAAAUUACAAUUGGAAAUGUUUCUACAACAUUUCACUCACUCAAAUCGUUUUAGCGCCAGAGUUGGAGUGAAGGAUAGUCCGCUGUUCGUUUGAGGAGUUUCUGUGGAUCUGGGAAGAUAAUGUGAGGUACACCAAACAUCAAAUUUGACUGCAAUAUCCUCCCCCAGACACAGCCAUGAAAUCUGUGCUUGAUGGUGUGGCAGACACCACCUUCCGGACUAUCACCUCGGGUUUGCAAUAUCUGGGCUCCAACGACGCCAAGUAUGACGACCCCACCAUCCACGCCGACUUCAUUAAGGGCGCCUUCGGUAUGCAGAAACCCUCGUCCGCCUUCCGCAGCCACACGUUCCCCGACAAAGUACCUGCGGAUGAAGAUCUCAUCCUCAAGGGCAUGUUGCCCUACCCUACCAACGCCACGGAGCUCCUUGGCAACAGGAGCGCCUUCGGCGAGGAUGGCGACACCAUGCGCUGCAGCGAGAACUUCAUGGACAUGGAGUGCUUCAUGAUCCUGACGCCCAGCCAGCAGCUGGCCGUGGCCGUCAUGUCUCUGACGCUGGGCACCUUCACCGUUCUGGAGAACCUGGUGGUGCUCUGCGUCAUCUUCCAGUCCCGCACCCUCCGCUGCCGGCCCUCCUACCACUUCAUCGGCAGCCUGGCCGUGGCCGACCUGCUGGGCAGCGUCAUCUUCGUCUACAGCUUCCUGGACUUCCACGUGUUCCACCGGAAGGACAGCACCAACGUGUUCCUCUUCAAGCUGGGCGGGGUCAUCGCCUCCUUCACGGCCUCCGUGGGGAGCCUGUUCCUUACGGCCAUCGACCGCUACAUCUCCAUCCACCGGCCGCUGUCCUACCGGCGCAUCGUGACGCGCACCAAGGCGGUGAUCGCCUUCUGCGUGAUGUGGACCAUCUCCAUCGUCAUCGCCGUGCUGCCCCUGCUGGGCUGGAACUGCAAGCGGCUCAACACCGUGUGCUCCAACAUCUUCCCCCUGAUCGACAAGAACUACCUGAUGUUCUGGAUCGGCGUGACCAGCGUGCUGGUGCUCUUCAUCAUCUACGCCUACAUGUUCAUCCUGUGGAAGGCGCACAACCACGCCGUGCGCAUGCUGAGCCGCAGCUCCCAGAAGAGCCUGGUGGUGUACUCGGCCGACGGGACUAAGGUGCAGAGCACCCGGCCCGAGCAGACCCGCAUGGACAUCCGGCUGGCCAAGACGCUGGUGCUCAUCCUGGCCGUGCUGGUGAUCUGCUGGGGGCCCGUGCUGGCCAUCAUGGUGUACGACCUCUUCUGGAAGAUGGACGACGACUUUAAGACGGUGUUUGCGUUUGCCACCAUGCUGUGCCUGCUCAACUCCAUGGUCAACCCGGUGAUCUACGCGCUGAGGAGCAAGGACCUGCGCCACGCCUUCCUCAGCUCCUGCCACGCCUGCAGGGGCACCGGGCAGCAGCUGGACAACAGCCUGGAGUCCGACUGCCAGAGCCGCAACACACACUUGGCCGCCCACAGGGCGGCCGAGAGUUGCGUGAAGAGCACUGUGAAAAUAGCCAAAGUGACCAUCUCGGUGUCGAGUGAGACUUCCGCCGCACCUGUCUAGUCGGGCUCUCUGAUGGGAUGUAUGGGUGAAGGGUGGUCGGCACCUCCAACCAUUGAGGCAUUGAGCACGCACUUAGAAAAGAACGAUCCAGAAGAAAGGUUUGACAGAAUUUCCUCUCCUGCGUCUAGCUAUAGUGGUGAACUAAUUAUUUAUGUUAUGUUAAUGUGCCAGUGUAUUGUGUAGUGUUUCAGUGCCAAAGUGCCAAAUGGUAGUGAGAGGAAUUGGUAAGGACGGAGGAUAUGAAGAACUACAAGACAACCAUUAGUCUUUUUCUACCACAGACGUCAUGGAUUCCGAUUAAUGAAGGCAUAUUAUAUUUUUGUAUUGUAAAUUCUAAAUCAAUAUAUCUUCAUUUAUGGGAUAAGGGGCUACUGACAUUUUUAUUCGUGGAUAUUCGAUUCUGUCACUCAUGUCGAUGUGCACAAGAAGGAGAGCAGAUUAUUGCCCCUUGUUGCUUGAGGAUAUGUGAGAGUCAUAUCAUUUCUUGGGAAAAACGACAAC